GAGAAUAACAGGAAGUGGUUUUGAAAUCUAACUUAUUCUCAGAGGAGACCCGCUGUGGGAGAUAAAAAGGAAAGAGCAUCCAGAGAACAAACAUUGUGCUGAUGUUGUUCUUGAGUGCUUCAUAAGAGGUCUGGGCUAGGCAGAGUCUCAUUUCUGUUUGAGGGUCAUCACAUGUCUCUGGAACGGAAGUUUAUUUCUUUUAUUUUAUUCAAAGAAAUCUCAACUUUGUGUUUCAGAAAAAUGGCAGAUAACUCCUCCAUAGUUGGUGGUUUUGCACCACGUUAUCCCACCUAUCGACUGAUUAUUAUCCAGAUCCUGGUGACCAUUUUUCUUUGCAUCAACAUGUUGCUCAUUGGGACUUUUUUUAAAACAGAGUCUUUUCACACGAGUGCUCGCUACCUUUUGUUUGCUCUGAUGCUGAUGUCAGACAGCUUUUUGCUUUUCAUGUCUGACAUUAUGGUUGUUUGUACAUCUCUUGGGUUCACAAUGCAGGUUUUCGUUUGUGUUAUAUUUUCUACUACUGUGCUUCUGUACAAUAUGGUUACACCAAUUACUCUUGUAGCAAUGACCCUAGAGCGAUACGCGGCGAUCUGCAUGCCCCUGCGUCACGCAGAGCUGUGCUCCACUCGCAGCACGGUGCACUGCAUCCUCAUCAUUCACGGAAUCAGCUCUGUUCCCUGCAUCAUCAUCCUCUCUGUGUUUUUUGCCUCAGCUUCUUUAAGUAUUUACAAGCAAAACAUGGUAUGUACAGUAAAUGUAUUUAUAUUAUACACAUGGCACAACCAUCUUAGAUCAGCUGUGAGUCAAUUUUUCUUCCUGAUGAUGUGCAUUGUCAUCUGUUUCUCCUAUUAUAAAAUAAUGAAGGUUGCCAACGCCGCAUCCGGAGAGAGUAAAAAAUCAACAUUAAGAGGCCUCAAAACUGUCAUUCUUCACGCUUUCCAGCUGUUGUUGUGUCUCAUCCAGCUUUGGUGUCCCUUCAUAGAAGCUGCUACACUCGAGAUUGAUUUAAAUCUUUUUGCCAGUGUCAGAUACGCUAAUUAUGUCAUUUUUUUUCUGGCUUCCCGAUGUUUGAGUCCUCUCAUUUAUGGGCUCAGGGAUGAGACUUUUUUUCUUGCUCUGAAAAAGUUUUACCGAUCAUAAACGGAUUAAAAAAUUCAUUGUUUUCAUUUAUUUAUUUUUUUUAACCUGCAUGUAUGUGUUUACUACA